UUUAACUUUCAAAAUGGCGGAUAGACGGCGGAAGCGGGCUUCUCAGGAUAGUGAAGAAGAUGACGAAUCCGGUUCUGGGAACGAGAGUGCUGGCUCUGGUUCGGUGUCUGCUAGAGCUCGGCUACGGGACUUGGAAACGACAGUGUCGCCCAGUACUCGGGUGCGAGCAGAGAGUGGAGCCGACUUAGAGUCCGAGUGUGAGAGUGAAGACUGCAUUGAAGGAGAUGCUGUUCUUUCAGAUUAUGAAAGUGCUGAAGAAAAUGGCUCAAACUCUGAGGGUGAUGUGGAAGAAGGAGAUUACAGUGAUGAGGAGCACCAUGCCCGUCCGCAAGAGACCAAGCCAGAUGAGGCAGCUGCAGAGGAAGAGGAAACCUUCAGCAAAGAGGAGAAGGUUGAGGGAAAAGGCACAUUGGCUGGAGAAAGGCAGAGUGGGGAUGGGCAGGAGAGCACAGAGCCUUUGGAAAACAAAACUGGUAGUAAAUCAGGGAAGAGGCUUGAUGAUGAUGAGGACCGCAAAAACCCUGCGUACAUCCCCAGAAAGGGUCUCUUCUUUGAACAUGAUGUCCGUGGACAGGCACAGGAGGAAGAUAUCCGGCCAAAAGGACGUCACAGAAAACUAUGGAAGGAUGAGGGCCGCUGGGAACAUGAUAAAUUUCGGGAGGACGAGCAAGCACCCAAAUCACGAGAGGAGCUCAUUGCCAUGUAUGGCUAUGAUAUUCGCAACUCCAACCGCCCUGACGAUGGGCAGCCGUUCCGUCCACGUAAACCAAGGUUUGGCAGCCCAUCCAGCAGAGAAAAGAAGUGGUUCCGUGAUACAGAGAAACCAAGUCGUGCUUCGUGGCACAGUGGUACAAAUAACAACCCACCUCUGUCGCCAAAUCCUCCUUCAGGGCCUACCCCAAAACCUUAUGGGGGAUCCCGGAACUCAAUGGGGGGCUCUGGGCGAAUGGGUCAACCUCGCAACUUCCAGAGUGGCCGCACAACAAACUAUGCUCCUGGCUACAGAGAAAAUCGCUCAAAUUUUAAAAAUAAUGAGGUAGGCAUGCAUAAUGGAAACCAUGGUGGCAAUAGUAAUAACUUUCAUCCUGGUCGAUUGCCCCGCCAGCAUUUUGAUGGGGACAGUGCACACAGGAGAGCUGAGGAGGAGCCGCCCCCAAGACACACUGCUGGAGUGGCCGCCAAAGAAGAGCAGGCAGGAGAAGAAUAUGUCAAUAAAUGUGACAGAAAUGAUGUUUCACCCAAGAAGGAAGAGAGAGUCUCUGAAAGCAGUAUUGCACCUGCCCCAGCUGCUACCCAAGAAAGUUGUCCAACUUCUGCUGUCACAUCGACAGCCCCUGAGCGGACAGUAGAAAAGAAAUCUUACUCACGAGGCAGGAGGACUCGCACCAAAGCUUCUGAACUUGGAAAACAGGCCUCUGUUGAGGAACAGCAGCCAUUGCCUCCUCCUCCACUCCUACAGAUGUCCAUGACUUUGCCAGGUGCCCCUGUGGACCAACCAGCACAAGUGGGCCCCCCGCAGAAUCCGCAGGUUCAGUUGCCUUCUGCACCUCACACUGCUUUGAAAGCAGAUACCUGGGAAGGCCCUCCAAUGGAUAAUGGAAGCAACAGUCUGCCAUGCUCCAGUGGGCUUGAACAUGAGAUGGCACACCUGAGUCUAGCAGGACAGACCUGGACACAGAGCCAGCCACCAUACAUGACUGGAGAAAUGAGGGGCAUUCCUAAUCAAAUCCACAUGGGAGGGGGACCACCUCAAUACAACAGGAUAGAUGAAAUGUCUGUAGGUGUUGGCCGUGCCAAGAGGUAUUCCUCCCAGAGGCAGAGGCCUGUGCCUGAACCUGCACCCAUGCACAUUGGCAUCAUGGAAGGACACUACUAUGACACAAUACCUUUCCAAGGACCAAUAUAUACUCAUGGUGAAACUCCUGGGCCCCUCCCUCCUCAAGGGAUGAUUGUUCAGCCUGAAAUGCACCUUGCACACCCAGGUCUUCAUCCUCAUCAGCCUCCGGCACCAAUGCCAAAUCCAGGGCUGUAUGCAGGGCCUCCAGUUUCCAUAACUCCAGGUCAACCACCUCCCCAGCAGUUGCUUCCCCCUACUUACUACCCAACGACAGGGGUGAUGCCUUUUGGGAACACCAACUUCACUUACCCUCCUGGAUCACCUCUAACCCCUAUCUAUCCCAGUCCACAGGCCCAGUCACAAGUUUAUGGCGGUGUUACUUAUUACAAUCCUGUACAACAGCAGGCACAGCCUAAACCAUCACCUGCACGCCGCACCUCCCAGCCAGUGACCAUCAAGCCACCUCCUCCUGAGGAGAUAAGCAAUGAGAAGGGCAAAGAAAAAAGUGGCACAUAAAGAAAAGCAGUUUGUGGACCACCUGCAAGUUGAGACCUUAAUCAUUUUCUAGUGUAUAUAUGUUGGGUUUUUAUAUGUAUUAAAAAUUAAAAAGAGAAUGGUUUUGGUUUUAAAAAAAAAAAAGACUUGCCAGAAUGACAUCUGCUUCACCAAGCUGGAGUUUAGACCUUCUUGUGAGUUUUCUUUUCCUUUUUUUUUUUUUCUUUCCAAAAUGGCCACUACUAACCUGAUUGUUGUGAACUCUUAUAUGAUCGUGUCAUACUGUCUCAUGAGUAUUCCUGGUGUCCCAAUGACUCCCUAAAUGCAUCUGGAUUAUUACAUUAUCCCUAAGGGUUGAAUUUGAUAUCACUCAUAGCGCCAGGCUCCAGGCUGGUUCUUUGGAGCAAGGUGAUGGUCAGAUGGAGGCCAACUUUCCUUUGACAGCUGAAGUUUGAAUGAUUAAGUCUGAGGGGGGUGAUAAGAAACACUGGUUUGAUGAGAAUUCAUAAAUGUAGUGCGUCUUUGAUGAGAAGGCAUUUUGAAAGGAAGAUGGGAGCUGCUAUGAAUAUAAAAUGCUUAUUUCGGACCUUUUUCUGCACUUUUUUUUUUUUUCUUUUUAUGAAGUACAGUGUGUUUACUUUGUAGUUAAAGAACAAGAAGUGACUGAAGUUCCAUGUUACAAUAGCCAAGGCAGCCCUGUUCUAAGAAACUGCAUAAAUCUGGACCUAGUGGAGUGAAUGGUUCAUUUGCAAAAAUACUGCAACUUUCAAUACUUGCUUUUCUCCUAAUAAAGAGAACAGCUAUCUUUUAUAUAUUCUGCUGGGGAAACUUGAAACUUUUCAUAACUGCUUGUGCCGUACAGUUCAGCUUCACAGAGAGGGGCAAUGUUUGAUAUAGGUGCUGGUAAAGGGCACCUCAUUAAAAAAAAAAAAAAUGGCAGCCGAGUGAUUUCUAUUAGCAAAAACUUCCUCCAGUUGUAGUCAUUUUUUUGUGUUACCUGCAUUUGGUAUCUGUGGAAGCAAGUGAACCUGUGCACCCACAGCUCAAUAUGUUAUGUGUACCGCUAGCAUUUUCUUUAGCUGCCCUUCUCUUUGGCAGGAUUGAGGAGGUAGAGUGCUACACCUCAAGGCUGCUCCACAGAUCUUUCAUCCCAGGGUAUUACCCUUGCCUCUUCGUUAUGUAAUUAUGAUGUUUUAUUUCAGUUAUGUUUCCUAAGCAACAACACCCAUGCCUCUUGAAAACACUCAAUCCUUUUAACCAUCAAGAUAAAAGAAAAAAAAAUAGAUCACCUUUUCUGGCGGAGUGCGCUUGUGCAGAUUGGUUUAUUAUUGGGUUCCUCCUCCAUUGGCUCAUUUAAACAUGAGCCUUUUUUUUGUGUGUGUGCGUGCGUGCCCCCUUUUUUUUUUUUUUUUGUCUCAUGCUUUUGUCAUUGACAGUGUUAUUUUAUUUUGUACUGCAAAAUGUAUUGCACCUUUGUCAUUACUGAUACAUUAAAAAAAAAAAAAA